AAGCUCAUUGAACUUCUGCAGGCACCGACAGACUUCAGUACUCCCGCUGUGACCAUCACCUGUGGCCCUACCUGCCAGCACUUGCAGCGAGUACCUGCAGCCGGCACCUGCAUCGGGCCCCAGCAAUGGCGGACCAGGCGCCCUUCGACACGGAUAUCAACACCCUGACCCGCUUCGUCAUGGAGGAGGGCAGAAAGGCUGGGGGCACUGGCGAAAUGACCCAGCUGCUGAACUCGCUCUGCACCGCGGUCAAAGCCAUCUCUUCCGCGGUGCGCAAGGCGGGCAUCGCACAGCUCUUUGGCAUCGCUGGCUCAACCAAUGUGACGGGGGAUCAGGUGAAGAAACUGGAUGUCCUUUCCAAUGACCUGGUUAUCAAUAUGCUGAAGUCGUCCUUCACUACCUGUGUUCUUGUGUCUGAAGAGGAUAAACAUGCUAUCAUAAUAGAGCCCGAGAAGAGGGGCAAAUACGUUGUCUGUUUUGAUCCUCUUGAUGGCUCAUCCAACAUUGACUGCCUCGUGUCCAUCGGAACCAUUUUUGGCAUUUACAGAAAGAAAACUACUGAUGAGCCUUCCGAGAAGGACGCUCUGCAGCCAGGUCGAGAACUGGUGGCCGCUGGCUAUGCGCUCUAUGGCAGUGCCACCAUGUUGGUCCUCGCCAUGGACUGUGGUGUCAACUGUUUCAUGCUGGACCCGGCCAUUGGAGAAUUCAUUCUGGUGGACAAGAAUGUGAAGAUCAAGAAGAAAGGUAAUAUCUACAGCCUUAACGAGGGCUAUGCCAAGGACUUUGACCCUGCCAUCGCUGAGUACGUCCAAAGGAAAAAGUUCCCUCCAGAUAAUUCAGCUCCCUACGGUGCCCGGUAUGUGGGGUCCAUGGUAGCUGAUGUUCACCGCACUCUGGUGUAUGGAGGGAUCUUUUUAUACCCUGCCAACAAGAAGAGCCCCAAUGGAAAACUGAGACUGCUGUAUGAGUGUAACCCUAUGGCUUUCGUAAUGGAGAAGGCUGGAGGAAUCGCCACCACGGGGAAGGAAGCUGUAUUAGAUAUCAUUCCCACUGAUAUCCACCAGAGGGCACCAGUCAUCAUGGGGUCCCCUGAAGACGUACAGGAGUUCCUGGAGAUCUACAAGAAGCAUGCAACCAAAUGAAGGCUGACCUCGCCCUUGACCCCAAGCAGAGCCUUUUAUCUGGACCUCAGGCAGCACUACCCCAUUCUGACCGUGUAACAACAGACCUAGUGGUGUGGGUAGUUUCACAGUUCAGUGCUUUGAAAUGCAGCUGCAUGCUAUAAUGCCAUUAUAGCAGGUGAUAUGUAUUUUGAGCAGGUGAAGGAGAAAUAAACACAUUCUUCCUUUA